AGCACUGGUCCCAGGCUUCCAGCGCCGCGCCGCCGCCAGCGCCCGCUCGCCCUCCCGGCCGGCCCCAGCGCCGCGUCGCUGACCUGCCUCCAAUGCUUGGCCCCAGCACUGCCCGUCCCCAGUGCCGCACGGAGCCCAACGCCGCGCCGCCGCUCUCUGCAGCUCCGCUUCCUCGCCGGGUUGAUACCCGUCGGCGUUCAUCCCAUUGAUGAUUCGAUGUGCUUUUGGGACACGUUCCAAGCAGCGACCCGCGAUCCGUGUGACUGUGCGUUUUACCCCUUUUCUCCCUGAAGAAUUGCCAUGACCCAACCACGCCUCAAGCCUCGGCAUCUUUCAGUUAAACCUGGAGCCCCGCAUCAGUGUCAUCAGUCCACAGCCAGCGUAACCAACCAAAGCCUCUUCAACCAACUCCCCCCCCUGGAACUGGAACAAGGCAAGCAGGACCAUCGCCAUCCCACUUGCGUUCUUGCCUUGCCUUCUGCCCGCGAGAUUCCUCAGCCGCCCCGCCCUUAUAAGCCACGGCAACCGCGAGCCCCGGACGCAACCGCAGCAGGGCGUUGGGACUUGGGUGAGUGAGUGAGUGAGGCUGGGGGAGCAGCAGCAGCAGUGCCGCACUGAACUCCCCUUCUUUUCCUUGUGGUUCGGCGCCGCGCGGCGGGGAAGCACAGCACAGCAGCAAGCAAUGCCGCGCCGGCAGAGGGCGCGCAGUAGCGAGGAGCUCAAGGCGGAGGACUUCGUCGACUCGGUCCUCAACUUCGGCGGCGGCGGCGUGGGCGACGAGGAUGACGAGGAGAAGGAGGCCGGCGGGGACUCCCAGCCGCCGGCGGAGUUCAAGUCCAAGAACCUGGAGGCCGAGCGCAAGAGGCGCGGCAAGCUCAACCGCAACAUCCUCGAGCUCAGGUCCGUCGUGCCCAACAUCACCAAGAUGAGCAAGGAGUCCACCCUGUCGGAUGCUAUUGAUCACAUCAAGAAGCUCCAGAACCAGGUCCUCGAGCUGCAGCGCCAGCUCGCAGACUCACCUGGAGAGGCCUGGGAGAAGCAGGGCAGCGCGUCGUGCUCUGAAUCAUUCACUGCCACUGAAAACAUGCCGUAUCAGGGUCAAAUCGAGCUGGUUCCUCUGGGGCCAUACAAGUACCACCUUAGGAUCUUCUGCAAGAAGACCGGCGUCUUCACCAAGGUGCUGGAAGCGCUCUGCAGCUACAAUGCGCAGGUCACCAGCCUGAACACGAUAACGUUCUAUGGCUAUGCUGAGAGCGUCUUCACCAUUGAGGUGAAAGGUGAGCAGGAUGUUGUGAUGGUGGAUCUAAGGAGCCUUUUAUCCAACAUUGUGGAGGUCCCGAGCAACUGAGAUUCUGAUAGCAAUAGCUCAUAGAGCUCACAUGUUUCAGUGCAGAAACCUGACUUUGGGGGAAGCAUGCUAGUGGUGAAGUGUCUGUGUAGGCAGUGUAACAAGAGUACAUGUCAAACUGGUAAAACUGAUGGAUAAAAAAGAUGUAAGUUCCCUGAAAGGAAUGAACUUGUGAUCGUGAACAAAUUUAUAGUUCCUCCUCAUUGUCAUCUA